AUGAAAAACUGCAAUCACAAAUAUGCUGCAUGUAAUUAUAAGUCUGGCACUGAGUGUCAGCCCUGUGCUGUCGGAAGCUUUACAACCGACCAGAACCUUGAAGACAGUUGCGAACGCUGCUUCGGAGACUGCAGACCAGAUUAUCACCUGAAGGUGGUUCAGAAAUGCACCAGCACGUCCGAUUUAAAGUGCGUCUGUGAGGAUGGUUAUAAAUGCGCCAGGAAUGUCCCAUACAGCGAGAACUGUGGAUUCUGUGUCAAGAUCCAGCAAACGACCACAGACGAACCGACAGGAAACCAUGAGCAGACGCCUUCCGUUAUUCCCUCAGGAAGUAGCAGCUCCUAUGCCAAACUCUGCCCAUCUUCCAAAUGUGACCGUCAAUCAGUCCCAUCAACACCCAGCACAGACGUGAAGAGCAGUCAACUGGCAGCCAUCUUGAGUCCAGUGGUUGUUGUAGGAUGUGUGGCUCUCAUGAUCCUGUUCUGUGUCCAACAACCAAGGCAUGAUACAUGUUUCAAGCGAGCUGUUGCAGAGCUAUUUAAUGAGCGAAGACAGGUUUCUGCUUCUUGCAAGUCAAAGGAGUCAAGUCACCAGUUCCCCAAAGACUCAUUCAGAGCAAAGCAGCAGCCGCCGCCCCUCGCAGAAGCCAAUCUGGGUCCAGUCUAUGUCCAAAACCCAGGGACGGUCAUCUUCAGCUUUCUCAGCCAGUUUACAGGACAAGUUGGUUCGACAACUGCAAGUGGGAAGGCGGCUGAAAGAGUGGACAAUGAAGAAGACGAGGAAAGAGACAGUCCUGUGUGUCAUCCCACAUCCUCCCCCAUUAUUCAUCUGUCCGAGGAGGAGAGGACCGGAGAGAUGGAAAACAUAUUCUUCCCCUCACAGGAGCAGGGGAAGGACUGCCACGUGUCCAAGGAGGAGGAGGAGGAGCUUUGAUGCAUCCAGCAGAGGAUUUGUGUUGAUGGUUAUGACCAUGACUCCAAACACAGGAAGGAAUUAUAAAACUGUGGAGCUACAGAUGAGUGUGGAGCAGAUUUUAUUGUCCUCUGACAAACUGUGAGGGGAUUACAGUGCUCCACGUGACAUUACCCCCUGCAGGCUCUGACAUAGGCACCAGAAACUGACAAACAGCUGGGAAAAGCUGAAAUUUGAAUGUCUUUCAAAAUUAAUAGACAUUUUCAUUUCAAUAAAAGUUCAUUUUGAGUACAUCUGAGUAGAAAUAUAUGAAAUUCAAUGCAAAAAAAUUUGCAUGACCUAUAAUCUAACCACAAAACUACAGCAAAAACACAAAGGUGUUACAUAUAGACCAUCUUUACCCUAUGUGUACCAUAGUACAUACCAGCUACAACACAGUGCACGAUUUCUAACUCAUGCGUAUCACAGUGUCCCUCUCUGUAUUUUCACUUUCUAUAUCUCCAUUGUUUUAUACGCUUUUAUCAUCAUAACGUCACAGAAGUCAAAGAGUCAUGUUUCCACUCAGGAAACCGAAUCAGCCCAGAAAUACUUCACUUUUCUGGUUAUAUUUGCCAGCACGGACUGAAGUGGUGUCGGGCCUCAUUAGCCAAAAAUGUCCUGAGCAACACAGGAUGUGUGCUGGUCCUAGUUCAGGCUCAACACCUAUUUAGCAUUUAAGUCACAAAUCAAUAGAAUGGGUUGCUCGCAUUCCCCGCAGACUUCCUGGACAGGCUUGCAUACAUCGUCGUCCUCAGGGCAUGAUCGUCCUGGUUUUUUCAUUAAAAAGCAGCCUGAAAAGAAAAGGGGGAAGUUUUCAUAUAAAUUACAUUGAAACAUGAAAUAAUAAUCACACAAGUAAAGAUGUAAAAGUACAAUGCUCAGUGUACUUCCUGUAUUUGUAUACUGCUGCAGUGUUGUCUGCCUCAUGACAAUAAUCUACUUACAGUCCUUGGCCCUGAUCCAGCUCAGAAAGGGCUUUAUUUUAGUUACAAUGACAAGUGCGAUUCCAAUACACAGGAGGGCGAUUAUCACCAGGAACCACACCGUCUCUGUAAGAAUGAAGGAAAGAGACAUUUUUAGAACAUAAAGACAAACACUGGAGUGAGAGAUCAAUCAUGUCAUUGGCAAAG